AUGAAAAAGUUGGUGGCUACUGGGCAGCUGGAGAUAGUCACUGGUGGCUGGGUGAUGGCUGAUGAGGCUGUGGCUCAUUACAGCUCAUUGUUGGAUCAGUUGAUUGAAGGCCAUCUGUGGGUUUCUGAUAACCUAGGCAUUAUACCCAAUACAUCUUGGUCAAUAGACCCAUUUGGUCAUUCUCCAACAAUGGCAUACUUCUUGAAGGAGGCAGGAAUUCAAAAGAUGGUCAUACAGCGGACACACUUUGGUAUUAAAAGACAUUUUGCCAGGAAGAAAAUUCUGGAAUUCAAUUGGAGGCAGACAUGGGAUUCUGAAGGUCAAAGUGGCAUAUUCUGCCAUAUGAUGCCAUUUCUUCUGUAUGCGAUACAUUAUUCUUGUGGGCCAGACCCCCAUGUUUGUUGCCAGUUUGACUUUUCAUCUGAUAAAUGCUUCCGGGGCACCAAGACUGUUCCCAGAAUUACAGUAGAUGAUAACAAUAUCAGGAAAUUGUCAUGGGCCCUGUGGGAGCAGUUCCAGAAGAAAGCUCAGCUGUAUCGCAGUAAUGUCUUGUUAGUGCCUCAUGGUGAUGAUUUUCGUUACUCCUCCAGUGAAGAGUGGUCUCAGCAGUUUGGCAACCUUGGCAGACUUAUAGACUACAUGAACAAGGACAAGGAUAUGAACAUAAAAGUCCAGUUUGGCACAAUCAGUGACUAUUUUAAUGCACUUGACAAGGACACUGAACAGUCCAAAUUAACUUUCCCGACCCUGGCAGGUGACUUCUUUUCUUACAAUGACCGAGAUGAUCAGUACUGGACCGGCUACUUCUCAGUCCGACCAUUUUAUAAGCAUGUGGCCAGAGUUUUGCAAGCAAAAUUAAGGAUCACAGAAAUUCUGUUCUCGCUAACAGUGGCCCAGUCAUUGACUUCAGCCAAUGUCAUCUAUCAACAGCAUGCUCUUGUUUUGGUUGAGGCCCGCAGGUCUCUGGGACUUUUCCAUCAUCACGAUGCAAUUACUGGAACCAGCAAGAAGUUUGUCAUGGCAGACUAUGGACAGAUUUUAAGAAACACCAUGGAGAAGCUGAAUGAACUUCUGGCAUUACUGAUGUUAAACAACAUGAUCACCAGUAAUAACAAAAUGGAUCAGCUGCCACAGCAAUCGAUUUUCAUGACAGAAGAGUGGGCUUCAGUUUCCUCUCAACCAGUAUUGAAAGUUGCUCACUAUAAAAAGAGUUGUUUUGUAGCUGUUACAAAUCCUCUGACUAUUCCUUGGACAUCGCCUGUUACUGUGCGAGUUUCUACCCCGUCUCGUGUGAGAGCACAUGAUGGAUCCUUUGUGCCCAGUCAGAUCAACCCUGUUAUUGGUAAAGGAUUGCAGCCUCUCCCAAAUGUUUAUGAUAUUAUAUUUGUGGCUGAUUUACCAGCACUGUCGAUCAAAUUGUAUGAACUGAUAGAAGAUGCCCAGACCUCAACUUUUGCAACUGUGACUAUAUUUGGUAAUCAGCUUGAGACUUCUUUAUUUCCAUCCAAAUUUCAUCCGGUGGUGUCCACCAAAGCAAGAUUUGAAAUUGAAAACCAGUACCUGAAGGCUAGCUUCUCAUCCUGUACAGGGACACUUCAGCACACUUUACGAAAGACAGAUGGCAUCCUGCACAAAACAGAAGUGAAAAUGGUUAGCUAUGGAACUGGAUCAUGGACGAAUCCAUUCCGGGACAAGAGUGGGACAUACAUCUUCAUGCCAGAUGGCGAAGCACAGGAUGUGGAAUCUUUUUAUCCCAGCAUGCUAGUGGUUAGAGGGCCAGUCACAGCCUCUGUGAUUUCACUGCUACCUGGUGUCUUACACACAUCGACAGUCUACAAUAUUUCAGGCCCAGUGGGUACUGGUGUGCAUAUAGACAACCUAGUAGACAUUGCCUCAGAGGAGUGGGCAAACAAGGAGCUGGCUAUGAGAGUCAUCACAGACGUGGUCUCCCCGGACACAAGCCUCUGUGUUGAUCUCAAUGGCUUUCAGAUGCACAGGAAGAAGUGGAAAGCCAAGUUGUUGAUUCAAGGAAACUUCCACCCUAUGACCUCAAUGGCUUACUUGACAGAUGACCAGUUGUCUCGUGUAACACUGAUUACUUCCGAAGCUCACGGUGUAGCUUCUCUAUAUGAUGGCACGCUGGAAGUUAUAUUAGAUCGGAGACUUAUGCAAGAUGACUGGAGAGGGCUGAAAGAGGCAGCUCAUGAUAAUGUUCCUAGUCCCAGCAAAUUUAUAUUGCUUCCUGAAAGAAGAGAUGCUGUUGUCCAGUCAGAAGAGCAAGCAUGCUAUCCUUCACUGCUGGCCCAUUUGCUGUCAUCACAUGUGAACAACCCACCUCAGGUGGCUGUUAUUUCAAACAUCCGUAGAACAUUCUUAGCUGAAGCCAGAUUCCUUAAAGAACCCUGGCCAUGUUCCUAUCAUUUACUGAACAUCAGAAAUCUGGGCCUUGAGGCAGCAGAUUACCAGGCACUCAUUCUGCUGCACAGAGUCGGGUUGGACUGCAGUUACCACCAGGUCUACCAGAAUUGUAACGUUAAUGAAACACUGCUUUUGAAGUCCUUUACCAAGAUUCACAUAGCAUCUGCCAGGUUGACCAGCCUGACUGGAGUGAAGGAGAUUGCUCCUUUGUCUAAACUUGUUCUAGAUUUGAAAACCAUGGAGAUCAAAACAGUCAAAGUGACAUUUAGAUAG